UCUCUCUCUCUCUCUCUCUCUCCCCUCCAUCACUUCACUUCAGUUCACCAUCGCUCACUCUCUCUCUCUCUCUCCCCCCCCUCUCUUCCCCGCCGGUUAUAAACUCUCACAUUCACUUCUUCACGGUUUCCGUUACUCCGGGAGCUCCAAAGAGAGCCGUUGGGCGCGCCGUUUCUGUAUAAACCUCGCCGACCGCUCCGAUCUCUCUCUCAGUCCUUCUUCAUCCACAGCCUCGCUCCGUCGCUCUCCUGCUUGGUUCGCUCUCCGGUGGCUCCGAGCUCCAAACAGUUGCUGCUCCCUCGCCGUCUCCACUUGAUUGCCGUGUUAGGAGGAACCGCCCGCAUUGGAUGCUACUUUUUAGCUGGCGCAAAUCGAGUGAUCGGGUUGCAGGCAUCAUUACCAGACAUUUGCGAGCAGAACAGCUUCGUCUUCGUCUAGAUCUCGGAGGCAAAGGGCUUGUCUCGACGGAGGAAAGGAACCGGAAGUAGCGAAAACAGCUCGUUUUUGCUUCUGACUAUGGAGAGAAUGAAACCUCUUCGGGUUUUCUACACAAUGUUGUUUGUUGGUCUAAUUGUACAAGGAAAUGCAGAGCCGGUGGAGGAUAAGCAAGCUUUGCUUGAUUUUGCGAAUGGCCUCCGCCACUCUCGUUAUCUCAACUGGAGUGAGGACACACCAGUGUGCAACCACUGGACUGGAGUUACUUGCAGUGCAGAUAAGUCUCGCAUAGUAGCUGUUCGAUUGCCCGGUGUUGGAUUUCACGGCCCGAUUCCGCCCAAUACCCUUGGUCGUCUAUCAGAUCUACAGAUCCUCAGCCUCCGUUCCAAUGGAAUUAGUGGGGGUUUUCCUGCUGAUUUCGCCAAUCUGAAAAAUUUGUCUUAUCUCUAUCUUCAGUUCAACAAUUUCUCUGGGCCUUUGCCUCAGGAUUUCUCCAUUUGGGAGAAUUUGACCAUAAUCAAUUUAUCAAACAAUGCCUUCAAUGGAAGCAUCCCUUCUUCACUUUCAAAUUUGACUCAGUUAGGUGGUUUGAAUCUUGCAAACAAUUCCCUCUCUGGUGAGAUCCCUGAUCUUAAGUUACCCCAUUUGCAGCUGAUCAAUUUGUCUAACAACAACCUCAAUGGCAGCAUUCCUGAAUCCUUGCAAAGGUUUCCAGAUUCAGUUUUUGCUGGCAACAACAUCUCAUUUCAAAACUUUACUUCCUCCCUUUCUCCUUCCCUGUCUCCUGCUUCUGGAACACAUUCAAGAUCCAAGAAUGGGAGGCUUAAUGAGACGGCAUUGCUGGGGAUUAUAGUUGCAGCUUGCAUCUUGGGUCUCGCUGGAGUUGCUUUUCUGAUACUAAUUUGCUGCUCAAGAAAGAAACACAAGGAUGGGUUUUCUGGGAAGUUGCAGAAGGCCAAGAUGUCACCAGAAAAGGAGAUUUCUCGGAGUGAAGAGGCAAACAAUAGAUUGGUAUUCUUCGAGGGGUGCAACUACGCGUUUGAUUUGGAGGAUUUGUUGAGAGCUUCUGCUGAAGUUCUUGGAAAGGGAACUUUUGGUAUAUCUUACAAGGCAAUCUUAGAGGAUGCCACCACUGUGGUGGUCAAAAGGUUGAGGGAGGUUGGGGCCGGGAAGCGAGAUUUUGAGCAGCAGAUGGAGAUUGUUGGCAAUAUUAGGCAUGAGAAUGUCGUUGAGUUGAAGGCUUAUUACUACUCCAAAGAUGAGAAGCUAAUGGUAUAUGAAUACUACAGCCAAGGAAGCGUCUCUGCUCUGUUGCAUGGAAAUAGAGGGGAGGAUCGGGUCCCUUUGGACUGGGACUCUCGAAUGAGAAUAGCAAUCGGUGCAGCCAGAGGCAUUGCCCGCAUCCAUCUUGAGAACAGUGGGAAGCUCGUCCAUGGUAACAUCAAAUCUUCAAACAUCUUCCUCAACUCGCAGAGUUAUGGUUCUGUGUCUGACCUCGGGCUCGCAUCAGUCAUGAGCUCUCUGGCCCCACCUAUCUCCCGAGCCGCUGGAUACAGAGCGCCUGAGGUGACGGACACCAGAAAAGCAGGACAGCCCUCUGAUGUUUUCAGUUUCGGGGUUGUCAUGCUCGAGCUUUUAACGGGCAAGUCCCCAGUGUACGCGACCAAUGGCGACGAGAUGGUCCACUUGGUGAGGUGGGUCCAUUCGGUGGUCCGAGAAGAGUGGACUGCUGAAGUGUUCGAUGUGGAGUUAAUGAGGUACCCAAACAUAGAGGAGGAGCUGGUGGAGAUGUUGCAGAUCGCGAUGUCUUGUGUGGUGAGGAUGCCCGAUCAGCGGCCGAAAAUGCAGGAAGUCGUGAAGAUGAUUGAGAACGUUCGAUCAGUCGAAUCAGAUAAUAGUAGGCCCUUCUCUGGGAACAAAUCACCCGUGGUGAGAUCAGAGCCAUCCGUCUGACAAUUAUCGUGAUCUCGUUCUCUCUUAGACCCCUCACAUCUUGGUGCUUGCUGGUGUUAUUUGGUUCCUCGUUCUGUUCAACUUUAUUUAUGCGAAAUCCAAAUGAAUCAGUGCUGUUCUUCUUUUGUUCUUUCUUAGUUUUAUCUCAUGGUAGAUAGGGGUCCGGUCGGGCCUAUGCAUUUACGGCCUUAAGUUAGUGAAUAUCUAUCCUGUAAUUUUGAGUCUUUUCUUCCCCACACUCAAUCAUGAAUGGAAUCAUGUCAUUAACAUUGAGCU